AGUGCUGCACUGGACUCUGAUCAACAACAUGACAGGAGUACCAGGACCACACCUGCUCACUCCCUCAUGCUCUCACUGUGUGCUGGAUGGAGACAGUGAGCAGUGCUGUGAGCAGACUUUACUGUGGAAGAUAAGAUGUGAGCUCACAGCUGUGCAGGGAGAGCACACAGUGAGGUUUUGCAUACAUCAGCAUUUCCACUGAAGUGAUGAAGCAGCUUUGAAUGUGUGUUAAUGAGUCUAAGCAGCAAACAGAGAUCAGUGAGUGAAUCUGCUGACACACAGAAUCCAGAGCAGCAGCAUCAUGGAGAGGAUCCUGCUGUGUGUCUGCUGCUUCUCAGGCUGGCUCGUCUCCACAUGCUGUCCCCGUCAGUACCACUAUGUUGAUGAUGCAAAGACUUGGACUGAAGCUCAGAGCUACUGCCAACAGACUCACACAGACCUGGUCUCCAUCGAGAACACUGAAGAAAUGAAGCAGCUGAACAGCACAGUUUCAUCUGCCGCUCACAGCUCUGAGCUCUGGAUCGGUCUGUACAGUCAGAUCAGGUGGAGGUGGUCAGAUGGGCUCACAGGGAGUGGAGCUGACUACAGGAACUGGGACACUUCUGAAUAUGAACCAGAUUUUUACUCUGGGGUUCAGUUCUGUGUGUCCUCUUUAGAAGGAAAAUGGUGGGAUUUUCAGUGCAGAGAGAAGCUCCAGUUUAUUUGCUACAGAGGAUCUCAGAUGAACCCUGAGUUUGAUUUGGUGGAUAAAGAAAUGAGUUGGUCCGAUGCUCAGAGGUACUGCAGGGAGAACUUCUUGGACCUGGCCACUGUCAAGAACCCCGGAGAGAACCAACAAGUCCAUGAAAAGGCUCAGAGUAAAAGGGUGUGGAUUGGCCUGCACAGAGAGCCACACAUUUACUGGUCUGAUGGCACAAAGUACUCAUUCUCAAACUGGGCCAGUGGGAUGAACCCGUUUAGGGGUAUGAGUAAGAUCUGUGCAGCUCUGACUCGUUCAGGAGAAUGGAAGACUUUGUCCUGUGAAACAAGAUUACCAUUUGUCUGCUACAGCCUCCCUACACCUGUAAAGAGGCAGGUAGUGAAGCUCACAGUACAUGUGGAGGACCCUCCUGUGGAUCUGAAUGACUCUGCUGUGAAAGCAGAACUGCUGACAAGGGUGAAGGAGCAGCUGAAGAAGAAAGGAGUGGGUGGAGUCAGUGUGAGGUGGAGAGUGCAGCCGUACGGGAAGCUCUUGGCUGGAGAUGGAAGAAGAAAGAAGACUCUGAGAGAAAAAGAAAAAUGUUUCAAAAGCUUUUCUGCUUGAAUCAUGUGACAGCCAAUUAAACUUUAUUAUCCACACGUCAUUCUCCCAGCUGUGUCUGAGCACAGAUGUGGGCUAACAUCUGUUUUUAGGCUCUUCUGUCACAGUGUUUGUGGGCGUGGCCUCUUCUUUGGCUUUCAUACAGAUAAAUGCAGACGUGUUUGUGAGCUACAGGUUUCUGCUGACACAUGUUCACUUUUGGAAAUCAGAGGGACAAACAUGCUGGUCACCCCAGUCACCAUGGAAACAAGCACAGGAAAUACAGCAGGCUGAAACUGUCUUGGUCCUGGCUCUUUGAAUUUCUGGACUUUAAAUAUUUUCUAUGUGAUUAUUAGUUUGCUGAUUGUUCCUAUUUCAUCUUCGUGUUAUUCCUCAGUGUUUCAGUCUGGAGGGUUUAUUUCCAGUUACUGUUGAUGUUGCUUUAUUUUAUUCCUUCACUGUUUCCCGUCUCAUCCUCCUGUGAUAAGUUCCUUCAUGUGUCUGUACUUGUACUGUCAUGUACUUAUGGUUCGCCCUUCCUGUUUUAUUUUUUUGUCAUUGUUUUAAAUCACAUGACAGAAACCAGCGACGGCCAAAUAAAACUUUAUGAAGCAUUGAAGCUCGUAUUUAAAAAAACGGUUCAUUACUCAAAGCUUUCUAACACAAUUCUCUUUUGUGGCAUCCAGUGGACAAAAUGCAAGGAGCAGCUUAAAUCUACAAAUUAAAAUGAGCUGCUUCAUUAUGAUUGUCUACUCUGCAGAGCUAAGUUGGCAGCUUCUAUUCAAUAUCAUGUUACAGUUCUGAUAUCAGGCUACUGUUUAUGUUUUCUGAUUAAUAAAUAAUUAUGAUGACUGAACCAUACUUGU